AUGAAGUUUUUGAAUUAUUUAGGUAAGCAAUUAUUAAUGGUCGAUAUUUUAAUACUUUAUGAAGGCUUCUCAAUAUCAGCCACAGUUAGCUCUCUAGGGUCGGGAUUUUCGUUUCUUUGAUGCGGUAUUUCUCUAGUCUCAGGCUCAUCUUCUUGGUCUGAGUCUAUAUUGUACAAGUCUCUUAUUUGUAUAGCCUUCCGUAGCAAGUUUCUAAUAUCGCUUUGUAGUCCUUUAAAUUCUUGUCUGUUGUAUGAAGAAUGCUUUUUAGCUUCCAUAGCUUUUACUUUUCAUAUACCCAAAGAGCUAUUUUCGUUAUCUUCAUUUUUCAUGGUCAUCGAUCAUGAUACCACUCUUUGGAAAUAUUCCUUCUUCUUCUGAAAAGGCGUGCUAGAUAUUACAUUGUCCAAAUGUAAGGAGCUGAUUCUUCUUGGGACAAGUGCUCCUUCAUCUAGAAUCUCUUGAGAGAGAUUUUCAUCUUCAAUACUACUGGGAUUCAUUUUAUAUUAAACUCUAUUAUUUU